AUGAAGAUUUUUACUUGGUUUAGCUGUCAUAGUGGAGCGAAGGGACCCAGACUCCUACGGGAGGCAGCAGUGGGGAAUUUUCCGCAAUACAUUUUUCCGUGGUCGAACGUGUCUUUCUAUGGUACGCUCGGUACGCCUUGUUUCUAUUGUUCUCCGAUAGCUCUAUCAGUGAUUAUUUCAAGUAGUGCUUUUUGUCUGUUACCGGAUAUGUAUAGAAGUUUCCUUAUGGUGUUCCUCUCCGGUGUUGCUGAAUACACGUCACCGGUUCGACUCCUAUUUAUAUUUAGUGGUCCAUUUAUUGAUUGA